AGUGAAAAUGAAAAAUGAUGGAUAAGUUUUGACAUUUUGUUGUUUCUGGUUUGUUCGUAUUUUCCUUGAUCUUGCUAACCAGAUAUUUCUUUCGCAAAAACAGUAGCCAUGUCUAACGAUUAUGGUUUUAACAGUGAUGAUUCUCCUAACAAGACAAAUUCUCACUUACAACUUCCUAGUCCUAUAAUUACCCGUCGGAAUCGAACUGCUUCGACAUCUGAAAGAGCUUUGGGAAACCCGGUAGAAAAUGGUAAAAUAAAAUCAUUUUGCCGGGAAAGGGGUCAUGGUUAUGUGACCCCAGAAAGGGGCGGAGAAGAUCUCUUUGUUCAUAUUUCUGACAUUGAAGGCGAGUAUGUUCCCCUUCCUGGGGAUGCAGUGACAUACCGUCUCUGCCCGAUCCCACCAAAAUUUGAAAAGAACCAGGCCGUCCAUGUCCGAAUUAUCCACCUGACACAUCAGAAGCAUCUUAAAUGGGAUGAACUACCACAGAUACUUUCAUAAGCAUGCAUUUUACAUAAGGCACAUGUUUUAUUAAGUAACCCUGUCACUUGUCAUAGCAGGUUUAUUUAUAAGCCCAUAAAGGCCUAAAAUGUAUUUAUCAGUAGAUGUAAGUUCAUGUUCACUAUAUUUUUUUUAUAUUUUACAAAAGGAAAGAGGUAACAUGUAAGGUUGUAUCGAAUUAGAAUGAUCAUUCAGUCCAAAUCAAUACAGCGUUUGGUAAAGAAAGUAGCCAACAUAAUGUGGUGCUAAAUUUUCGAUGGUUUUUGAAAGAUUUUGAUAUCCGGUAUUGAAAUUACAGUAACGAGAAUAAAGGAAAGGGCUUCUAGCAUAAUAUAUCCUAUCAAAUGUCAUUAAUUAUUUGGCCUAAUGUAUACAGUUGUCUGUUAGAAUUCAUCAUUACUUUGUUAUAGACUAUAAUUUCGCACAAAUUAAUGUGAUAGAGAUCAUGAUGAAUUUCAUUAAAUAACAUACUGAAUGUAUUUAUUAAAGUUAUUUUCAUUCCAAAGU